CAAUGUAGUUUAUGUUACAUAUUCUCUCCACAAGAGGGAGCUGAAAACGUCCAUGGUAGGGCAUUUAAUUUCUAAUCUAUAAUAUCCAUAUAUUCUUGUAUUGUAUUAAACUGUUCAAUUUUAUUUUUGUGUGUUUAACAAAAGAGUAAAAACCCACUGCUAAAGAGUUUCUGAAAUGUCUGUGCUUAUGAAGUACAGUUUCGGCUGCAAAAACGUACAAAGUCCUAAAUAUUUAGACAAACUUUAAGGUUUUCUUGAAAACUAUCCAGGUUCUUAAGAUAAUACAUAGUUGCCCCUUUUCUCCUUUAUCAUUUAGUAAACGAUCGAUAAAAUUAUUCUUUUCACAAGGGCAGUGAAAAAAACCACCAAAAUACAAUAAUAUAAAAUAUACUACAGUAUAUGUUUCUUUUAUUUAUUAAUCAAUUUAUAAGUUUAUGUCCUAAAAUGUCAAAGUGUCAGAGUAUGGACAAACGUUAAAAAACGUUUAAUACAUAGUUCUCCUUUGCCGUAUAGUGAGCGGUAGGUGAAGUUACUAAUGCUCUCCACAAGAGGGCAGUUAAAACUCAACACUCGGAUAUCGUAAUUCAUUCAAUGACUUCCUGUAAAUACAUUCAGCGUAAAUUCAGCGUAAGACUGGGAAACAAUUCAUCGGAUUUGGGAAUUAACAUAAUACUUUGUAUCAUUGUUCGUCGAAAAAACUCGACAAUUUCAACGGUGCCUGUUAUGUGUUUGAAAUAUAUUCCAAUAAAAUUCCAAAUAAAUAUUUAAAUUUCGUCGUUUUCUUUUAAAUAGUAAAUAAAUACGUCCGAUUACUUUUACUUGAUUUAAUCUGUAUGAUAGGGUUCAUGCAGGGGUGCUUUUUAACAAUUGAGUAGAUUAACCCGUGACUGCAUCUGGUUAACAUUUAAACAUUUUAUAUUUAUUCAAAUGUCUACACGUUAUUGUACUUAAAGCCAACGUAUAUGUUUGUUUUUGUCAACAUCCCAGACUUUCAGUGAAGGCAUCACCACAACCUGUUGGUCUGGUCCAGCUGAUGUGAGCGACAAUAUUCACCACCGUGGCGGUAGCGUCCACUCGAGGUGGUGCGGCUACAGACAGGGACACAGACGAAAAGACAGACAUACGGAGAGUGAGCCGGGUAGAAACUUUAGUUUCACCUUCUGGGAACCAAAAACACCGGUUUUCUGUCACACCUGUCUGAAUGGAGGAGCGUCUGAAAUAUCACCAGGAUCAUGGAGAGCAGUCUGUCAAACACCUGCUACUAUGAUCACAACGUCACCUUCUUCUACAAUUGGGUUGGCAAGAAGAUCAGUGUGGCGUGGACGACCCGGGACUUUGUGGUGAUUGGACUGGGCCUGACUGUGUGUUUCAUCGUCGUCCUGGCCAACCUGAUGGUGAUGGUUGCCAUCUUUAUGAACCGUCGCUUUCACUUCCCCAUCUAUUACCUCCUGGGCAACAUGGCUGCAGCUGAUCUGUUUGCCGGUGUGGCCUAUGUCAACUUGAUGUUAAACACGGGCCCCUGGACCAGCAUGUUGACAAAGAAUCAGUGGUAUAUCCGCGGGGCCCUGAUUGACAUCAGCCUGACGGCGUCUGUAGCCAACCUGCUGGCUGUCGCCGUCGAGCGCCACCAGACCAUCCUCACCAUGCAGCUGCACAGCAAGAUGAGUAAGCGUCGGGUUGUGCUGCUGAUAGUCUGCAUCUGGGCGGUGGGCAUCAUCAUGGGCGUGGUGCCCUCCAUGGUGUGGAACUGUGAGUGCCAUUUGGAGGAUUGCUCCACCGUCGCCCCCCUUUACAGCCGCCGUUUCCUGAUCUUCUGGGCAGUUCUGAACCUGCUCACCUUCUUCAUCAUGGUAGCCAUGUACAUUCGUAUCUUCAUCUACGUCAGAUACCAGAGCCAGUACACGUCGCAGCACAACUCGGAGAUGCAGCACAGCCAGACCAUUAUCAACCUGAUGAAAACUAUCUUCAUGGUUCUCGGUGCUUUUGUAAUCUGCUGGACGCCAGGCCUUGUGACUCUCUUACUGGAUGGGCUUCUGGGUAAAGAAAGCCACGCCAACGACUACGAGAAGUUCUGUUUAGUCAUAGCCGAGUGCAACUCUCUGGUCAAUCCCAUCAUCUAUUCCCUCCGGGACAAAGAGAUGAGGCAGACGUUCAAGCGGAUCCUGUGUUGCCUCUUUCGCAGAGUGGAUGAUCAGCAGAGGCAGCCCUCACCCAUUGAGAUUGACUCACCCACACCUAAGGAACCUCUAGGGUGUGUCCAGAAGUCUGAACAUGAGGCUUUGUGUUUCUCACAAGAAACAAACCAUAAAGGAGACAGUUGGACAACUCCGGGGCUUUGAUGGCUUUAAGCAAGCAUUAAAAAAAAGAAAUACGUAAUUUUACUUAGCGUGUCAAGAAACGUGUAUAUAAUUUAUCACUCGUCCCAAAGCUACCUCUAGUUACUGCCUACCUUUGUACAUGCACUGGAUGAAUACUGUAUAUAAAGAUGCAUUCAUUAAAAAACAAGAAAGUAUUCCUUGUGUUCAGUGAGUACCAGGAAAGGACUGCUAAACCACAGGUACCAGGAACUGAAAGGACAUAAAACCCUAACCCAGUGUAUGUUUAAGAACUAUUAGUUUGGAGCUUCUUUAAUUCAUUCGUUUUCUAUGGCUUAAUUAUUUUAAACAUUGCUAGAUGCAGUCCUGGCAGCUGGUGAACCGUGGUGAUGUAAACCUUGUGUUGAUCAGUGUCCGAUUAAACCGAUCCCCAAUCUGCAUUAUUGUGGAGCUCAAGCUGAAACGUGUUAUUUCCUGCACUAACCCUGUCCUAACUGUACAAGCGAGGGCCAGUGAGUUCCUUGAAAAUGGUUCCUGGUACUAUGUGGCGAAGACUCGGCUACCGUUUCCACAAGGCUGAGACAUUCACAUCAUCAGAUGGUGCCAUCUCUCCUUUUUAUUACAUUUGACUAUCACAAGAGCAUUUGUGACAAAUUAUAAAAAUUAAACACUCCUAAAAUAAAAAGUGAUAUACUGCAAAAAGAACCGGGGGAAAAAAAAAAUCACACUAAAUUGUUUUUAUUAAUUUUCUAAUAAGAACACUACAAUUUGUCAUAUUCUUCCUUUUGUUUUACUCUUUCUAGAACAAUUCUAAAGUUGAG